AUGUCAACACAAUUAGAGUAAUGUCAAUUUUAGGAAUCAAUUUAGAAGUUGGAAUUAUUUAUAAGUUGUCGUCAAUUGGAUGACUUGGAUACAGUUAGUGUGAGUGAUCCAUUUGUGGUUCUGUAUUCAUAAAAUAAUUAAAAGAAAUGUAAUGAUCUUUAAAUAAUAAAAUAGGGAUUAAAAUUGGUUAAACCGAAUUAAUUUGGAAUAAUUUAAAUCCAAAUUUUGCUACUUCAUUUUAAAUUGAAUAUCAAUUUGAAGCACAAUAACACCUUAAGUUAGAAGUGCACCAUUUUGUUAGUCAAAAUCAAUCAAAAGUAUUGCGAAAAAUAACAAUUAUAGAUAAUAGGAUUUGCUGAAACUACAGUGGCAGAAAUAGCUGGAUCAAAAGACUAAAUUUUGAUGGCAGAUCUCUUUAAUUCAUAAAAAAAAAAAAGUGGCAAGAUUAUAGUUAAGGCUGAUUAAGUCAAGCAAUGCAAUGAUGAAGUGGAAAUCUAAGUCUCUGGCAAGAAUUUACCUGACACCAGAUUUUGGUUUUGGCAUGGAGCUUGUCCAUUCUUGAGAUUUUACAGAUUGAGAAAAGAUGAUAGCAAUCCAGUCUUGGUUUAUGAAAGUGAAUUCAUAAAAGACUCCUCAAAUCCUACAUGGAAACCAAUCUAAUGUAAAGCAUAAAGACUGUGUAAUGGGGAUUAUUAAAUGCCAAUAAAGGUUGAACUUUGGGAUUAUAGAACCUCAGGAAAACAUCUAUAUUUGGGAGAAACUUCUUUUUGUAUCGAAGAACUCAGAGAGGCCUUCUAAUAGAAUAAGCCAUUUUUAAAGGAGUUUAGAAAUAAAUAAAAGAACAAUUCCCCUGCAGGAACAAUAAACUUCGACAAUUUCAUUUUAAAAUAGAAACAUACUUUCUUAGAUUAUCGUUAGGGUGGGUAAUAAUUGAAUUUGAUUCUGGCAAUUGAUUUUACAGCAUCGAAUGGUAACCCCAAAGAAAAGAAUUCAUUGCAUUAUAUGCCAGAAAAUGGGAAUCCCAGUUAAUAUUUAUAAGCAAUCACAAGCGUAGUGGAAAUCUUAAUUAAUUACGAUUACGAUAAGAAGGUGCCAGUGUAUGGUUUUGGAUGCAAGCCAAAAUUCAAUGUACUGAACACAAAUUAAACUUUGCACAUCUUUCCUUUGAAUGAUAACCCAGAUGAUCCUGAGUAAUUAUUCUAUUAAUAUUUUUAGAGUGUAUGGAUUAGAUGGCAUAGUCUAAGUGUAUAAGAAUUCAGUUUAGAAAAUGCAAUUAGAUGGACCUACCUACAUACAUCCAGUGUUGGCAAAGGCUAUGGAGAUGGCUUAAGAAGUUAAGGAUAAAGGGAGUGAGAACUACUUGAUUUUAAUGAUUUUAACAGAUGGUCAAACUGAUGACUUACAAGCAUCAAUCGAUGAUGUUGUUGCUUCUUCCCAUUUACCAUUAUCCAUUAUUAUUGUAGGGAUAGGCAAUGCAGAUUUCAAGAAGAUGAACAUUCUUGACAAUGAUGACAAGAGCAUGGUGAAUAGCAAAGGGUUCAAGGCCAUAAGAGAUUUAGUGCAAUUUGUACCAUUCAAUGAAUUCAAACAUGAUCCAGCUCUUUUAUCUAAGGAAGUGUUGGCUGAGUUGCCUGACUAAUUAGUAGAGUAUAUGGAACUGAUGAAGAUUCCUCCAAAGCCUCCUUCAUGUAAAUAUUAUUGUCUAUCUAUUCAAUUAGAUCAAAAGAAUAACAUUCUAAUGUCAUAACCGAUGCAAAAUGUAUUCCCAUAACUUCAAGUGGAAAUGACAGACCAAUAACAAUAAUAGUACAAAUCGAUGAUCCAAGAUGUUUAAGCCAAUCAGCAGCCAGUCAAGUUAGGACUUGCUACUCAAGCCUUCGGAUAAGGGUUGGCUUAGUAAGGGUUUUUAAACAAUUUUGUCAAGCAAGCUCCUUCAUCAGAUCCCAACCCUCAAUAAUGA